AUGGGUGCCAUCGAAAGAAUCUCCCAGAUAGGAGGCCAGGUCUCCGGAAACCCCACGGCCGGCGGCCGCGACAAGAUCCUCGAGAAGCGUCCGGAUGACGUGGUCGUGACGGCCUGCACGCGGACAGCCUUCACCAAGGGCGGCAAGGGCGGCUUCAAGGAUACGCAGGCGUCGGACCUGGUGGCCGGCGUGCUCAAGUCGGUCAUCGAGAGGUCCGGGAUCAACCCGGCCCUGAUCGAGGACAUCUGCGUGGGAACGGUGCUCGCCCCCGGCGGUGGCGCCACCGAGAUGCGCGCCGCCAGCCUGGUGGCGGGCAUCCCCGAGACGGCGGCUGUGCGGACGCUCAAUCGCCAGUGCUCGUCGGGUCUCCAGGCCUGCGUGGAUGUGGCCAACCAGAUCAAGACGGGCAUGAUUGACGUCGGUAUCGGUGCUGGUGUCGAGAGCAUGAGCAACAACUAUGGCCCUGCGGCUGUCAGUGAAUUCUCCGAACUCCUCGAGAGCCACCCGGCCUCAGCCAGCUGCAAGGUGCCCAUGGGCCUGCUGUCGGAGGACAUGGCCAAGGACCUCAAGAUCACGAGGCAGUCGCAGGACGCGUUUGCGGCGUCGUCGUACCAGAAGGCUGAGAAGGCGCAGAAGGAGGGCCUGUUCAAGGAGGAGAUCACGCCGCUAAAGGUCAAGUUUGAGGACCCCAAGACGGGCGAGGUCAAGGAGGUAGUCGUCGACAAGGACGACGGCGUACGCCCGGGCAUGACGGCCGAGGCGCUGGGCAAGAUCCGCCCGGCUUUCGCCAAGGACGGCAGCAUCCAUGCCGGCAACGCCAGCCAGAUCUCGGACGGCGCCGCGGCCGUGCUCCUCAUGCGACGCGACACGGCCGAGAAGCUUGGCCAGCCCAUCAUCGGCAAGUACGUGUGCGCGUCGGUGGUGGGCGUCAAGCCCCUGCUCAUGGGCCAGGGCCCCUGGAAGGCCAUCCCGCGCGCUCUCGAGCUGGCCGGAAUCUCCAGGGACGACGUGGACAUCUACGAGAUCAACGAGGCCUUUGCCAGCCAGUGCCUGUGGUGCGCCAACGAGCUGGGCAUCCCUCAGGAGAAGAUCAACCCCAAGGGGGGAGCUAUCGCCUUCGGUCACCCCCUCGGCUGCACUGGAGCCAGGCAGGUGUCUACUCUGCUGUACGAGCUCAAGCGUACGGGGAAGAAGGUUGGCAACACGUCCAUGUGUGUUGGUACUGGAAUGGGUAUGAGCGCUGUCUGGGUCGCUGAGUAA